AACACACCAUCACGAUAAAAAAAUGAAAAAAAAUUGAUAAGAUAAUAUAGGUUUUUAAGCAGGUUACCGAAUCAGAUAAGUUUCAUUUGGUGAUAAAUCAUUGAAGCAGUUACAAGUCGAUUGCAAAAAUGCCAGCUUACAGAUGGGUAACACGUCAUGUUGGACAACCAUUGCCAGGGACAGCCGUAUCAGGUGGCCGUGAUACUGAUGGUUCAACAAUAUAUGUUGGUCGUGCAUUUCACAAUGGUGAUAUGGUACCAGCUAAAGUUAUUCCUGAUAAACGUGCUGUGUAUGUUGCUCAUGGUGGUGAAGAACACUCCAAACAAGAAUACGAGGUACUUUGCCAGGGUGAAUUUGCCUGGGUAUUUGCAAGUAAUGGUGUGAUUCCUGAUGAUGCUGUGGUUGGUGGUCAAACAAGUGAAGGUGAACCCUUGUACGUUGGUCGUGUCCUUCACAAUGGAGCUCAAACAAUUGGAAAAGUACAACCAAGUCAUGGCUGUCUCUAUAUUCCAUUUGAUGGAGAAGAGCUCAGCUUCAGAGACUACGAAGUUCUUAUUAACCACUGAAACAAUAAAAUAAAACCUUUGUUUCUACUAAAAUUUAAAUAACAAAAAAGAAAAAAAAAUUAACAAGAUGUUUUUAAAAUUUCAACUGCCAAAAAAAUAAAUGAAUAAAUUAAAAUCUUUUUAUUGUUAUUAGUAUAUUUAUUGUUACAAAAUAUGUUAUUAUUUCCAGGGUUGAAGAACUCAAUGUGUAAUAUUUAUUAUGACAAUUGCUUGACAUUUAUAUAUUUGUAUUUGAAUGACAUAAUUUCGAAUGAUAUAUCCGGUAAUUCUCCUCUUAAUUUUGUAUCAUUUUAUUCAUAAUAUUUUGUCUCUACUGUACAUAAUAUUUUUUUUUUGUCUUAAAUUGCUAUGUAACAUAUUUAUAUACAUAUUGCACACUUGUUUUUAUUAAUCAAAUUAUUAAAUAAGUUGUUGAAUGUCCUCGUGUUUUAACGAAAAAGUACUUGGGUAAUUUCGAAAAAGAAAAAGACAAUUUAUAAGGUCAUGGUAAUUAUACUAAUCAUGCAUUUCGACAGUUGAAAUUUGGAUUUAAUUAUCAGUUGAUGAAUAAUUUAUUGACAUUUGUACAAAUUUUUUUGUAAUCAAUCAAUCUUGUUGGUUAAUAUUUCAACUUGUUUAUUUUUAAAUUAUUUUUUUCUAGACAUCAUAAAAUGGCUUUUAUUUUUUUAUUUCGUAAUUAUUUCCUGGUUCAACAGGAUACCUGCAGGAUGACGACAAUGAUCGUUUUUAUAUUCACAAAAAUUAGUAUUUUUUUAAAAAUAAAGUCUGUUAUAAAACCAAGGCUAGGUUGUAUAAUCAAUGGAAAUUAUUGAUAAUAAUAGUCAAUAGAAAAGUGAAAAUUACAAGGAUGAGUUGUAUAAGAAAUAAUUUUUUUUUAAACAUAAAAUCACAGGAAGGUGAACGUGAUUUUAAGACUGGUUUUACAGGACUCUCUGGUUUUUAAAAAUUAACGUUCAACGACCUUUUUUUUUUUUGUUUAAUCAUUGCCAAAAAAUUUGCAUUAAAGUUGGUUUUGAAAUUGCAAAAAAAAAAAAUUAAAUUUAUUUAUUUGUACAAUACAAUGUUAAUGGAAAUAUUUUUUUAAAACUAAAUAUAAAUUUUUAUUAACAAUAAAAUUUCAGUUUUUAUAUGAUUUUUUUUUUUAUUGUUGUUGUAAUAUUUCUUGGCAAAAUUUUAUUUCGAAUAACUUUGAUAAGAAAUAGCUGCUUGUUGAACAGAAGAAUAAUCCAACAAGUAGAAUUAUUUACGUUCAAAGAAAACGAAUAAAUAAAUUUUUAAAUAACUAGUUUUAUUUAAAUUAAAUUUUUCUCUUUUUCAUUACCAUGAAGAAUUUCAUAACAAAAAAAAAAAUAAUAAAA